AUGAUGACUUGUGAGGACACUAGUAAGGAUGAACAUUGCUUAUUGCAAAAGGAUAGCUCUGUCAACAAUACCAGCGACGGUUUAAUCACACCAGGGGAAAUCCUCAACUAUCUGGGUCCGCGCAAUCCUUUUCUCGUCACUUGCGUACUUGUAACUGGACUAACUUGGGCUGUAGCUGCUAUGAACGGUAUGAGCACCGCCUUCAUAAUACAAAGUUGCGAGAACUGCUCAGAUAUGAUCUCCCUCGUUGACGAGUUCGACUUACGUCAUAAGAACUCUUGGUACGCAGAUGCAACGGUAAGCGCGUUCAUGAUUGGAAACGGAAUUGGUGGAACGUUAGUGUCAAAGGCAGCAGACAGAUAUGGCAGACGCCCAAUUCUGAUCCUUUGUUUUCUGACAAUGGCUGUCACCGGCAUACUAGCCGCCUUUUCACCAUCGGUAAUGGUAUUUGGAGUUAUUCGUCUCGUGCAAGGAGUUUUUUACACAGGAUCCGCAUUGGUGGGAUGGGUUCUGGGCUACGAAUGCACACCUGUAGAACUCCGGUUUUUUACUACAGUGUAUUUUGGAAUAUUAUGGGUUGUUGGAUAUUGCAUCGUCACACCAUUAGCCAUGUUCUCACCCAACUGGAGAUGGCUAAUCUUCUUCGUUUCUAUACCGCAACUCGUUACUGCUAUCUUGUGUUUUAUACUGGUACCUGAAAGUCUUCACUUUCUCGCUCUUGAGAAAAAAGAGCGAUCGAUAGGUGAUUGGCUUAAAAGAGCACGAGGAAGUAAGAAAACCCUCAUGCACAUCAAGGCUGGCACCGUUGUGAGCUCAUUGGAAGAAAAUCCAGAGGCUCAAAACUUGUUUGUGGAACUUUGGGCACACAAAGUCUUUUUAGUAUACACGAUGGUUCUCAUUUAUCUGUGGAAUUGCGACACAUUUAUUUACUUUGGCCUUUCACUUUACAGUACUCAUUUUGCUGGAAACAUCUACUUAAAUUAUUUCCUCAUCGGAUUGGUAGAAUUGCCAGCUUACAUUCUAUCUCCUAUUGCAAUGGACAGGUAUGGAAGAAGGAUUGUGAUUGCAUUAGCGCACAUAUCUGCUGCAAUGAUUUUUCUCAUACUUGUGUUUACUCCAGAAAUUGUAUGGGUUCGCACGACGUUAUGGGUCUUUGGAAAGUUUGCUAUCUCAUGUUCAUUUAUGAGUAUAUACGUUUACGCUAGCGAAAUAUUUCCUACCAACAUCAGAAACCUAUCAAUUGGAUUUUGCGAGAUGAUGUCGAGAGUUGGGGGCAUUCUUGCUCCAUACGUCAAGGCACUGGGUCAAAUAUCGCCAAUCCUGCCAAUGAUAGUGCUUUCGCUGAUCUCUCUGAUUGGAGGCCUGAUUACAUUCAUACUCCCUGAAACUCUCAAUCGUCAGCUUCCUUCAACGAUAAAAGAGUCAUCUCAGCGAACAAGGCAUUAGCGAUGUUGAUCACCUAUCUGUACAAAAAUAAAAUAUUGCUUAU